AUGGAGGGGCACGUACGAGCCGAGAAGGACGUGGGUCCACCCCGGACAAAUGACCCCGAGCUUCUUGAUGAGAUCAAUUUGACAUCCAAGGCUGAAGAAGCGAGGCUAGAGCGCGUCUUAACUCGGAAGAUUGAUCUGCACAUCCUUCCAUUUGUCGUGUUGAUUUAUCUGUUCAGCUUUCUAGAUCGAGUAAACAUUGGCAAUGCCCGAUUAUAUGGUCUGGAAGAAGAUCUGGGCUUAGUGGGCGACCAAUACCAGAUUGCCGUAUCCAUUCUCUUUGUGACAUAUUGUUUCUUCGAAGUACCAUCAAAUCUGGUGAUCAAAAAGCUAAAGCCAUCUCGGUAUAUCGCGACUAUCGCUGUACUGUGGGGUAUCAUCGCCACUCUGACGGGGAUUACCCAGAAUUAUGGCGGCCUCAUUGCAUGCCGAGUAUUACUCGGAGUCGUGGAGGCAGGACUCUUCCCAGGAUUCUUGACUUACCUCACUAUCUUCUACAACAAGCGCGAGAUCGCCCUGCGAACUGGGUACCUAUUCAGUAGUGCCGCCAUUGCCGGUGCCUUUGGCGGUCUACUCGCCUACGGCAUCGGAUUCAUGGACGGGAUCUGUGGGAUGCGCGGAUGGCGUUGGAUCAUGAUUCUCGAAGGCAUCCCGACCGUCAUACUCGGGGUAGCAACCUGGUUCUUCUUAGCAGAUGACCCCGAUACGGCAUAUUAUCUCAACGAAGAAGAGCGGGCGCUCGUUGUGCGUCUUCGCAGCCGUUAUGUUGGUCAGACAGAAUCGGCGCAGAAGUUCCACUGGGCUGAUGUGAAGGAGGGUGCGCUUGAUUGGAAGAUCUAUGCGUUCUGCAUCGGUCAGUUUGGUGUUGAUACCAUGCUGUACGGGUAUAGCACUUUUCUUCCUACCAUUAUCGAGGGAAUGGGAGAUUGGUCUGUUCCCCAGGUCCAGGCUCUGACGAUCCCUUGUUAUGGACUGGGUGCGAUUGCCUAUCUUUCUGUGGCUUGGUUGAGCGACAGAACGCAGCAUCGUGCGUUAUUCACUUGUCUUUUCAGCGCGAUCUCUGUGAUCGGAUAUGGGAUCUUGAUCUCCGAUUCUUCUUCCGGUGUCCAUUACUUCGGAGCCCUGAUGGUUGCUCUGGGAUUGUAUGUGACUGUCGGAUUGCCGCUUGCCUGGCUACCUACCAAUCUGCCUCGAUAUGGUAAACGCACAUUUGCGACAGGUUUGCAGCUUACCUUUGGCAAUAUUAGUGGUGUCAUGUCACCAUUUUUGUACAAGAACUCCGAGGGACCACGAUUUGUCCGAGGAAAUGCCGUCACACUGGGCUUGGUAGGCUUCGCUGGUGUUCUCUAUGGUGUGAUGUGGGUCUGCCUUCAUCUCAUCAAUAAGCGUCGUGAACAAGGACUCGAGGAUGAUAAGAUUGCCGGCCUGACGGAGGAAGAAAUUCAGGAGCUUGGAGAUCGAAACCCUCGGUUCCACUACAGCACCUGA